CGCCACAUCCAGUCGAACGAAAGGAGACGCUGCGUGAGGGUGUUUUAGAAUGUCUUGAAACUUGCGCGCACAUUGGAUUCGAGAGUUCGUAAGCUGCCCGCCCUCUAUCUCACGUCGUAAUGCAGUCCAUUUUUUUUUUGGAGUAAACAAAACGGGAAAUGACAAACCAUAGUCAUGAUGUAGUUAAGUUGUGAGUUGAAACGUACGUGUUCUUUUCUUUUGUGUUUGGUGCGAAAGAAAGAAGAACGCUUGGAGAGGCUGUGUUUGUGAAGUGAUUGCUUUCACACGUGUUAAUAAGCAGGGCGAUAAAUGCUUCCACUUGGACGAGUUAGCACAGCACAGUAAUGGGAGAACGCUGAUCUUCAGAGUGUGUAGAAGAUGGAUGCAUCUUCAUAACCUAUCAAGUCUACUUGUUCCAUGACAAGAAGAAUGCCCGAAGAUCACCGGAGGCCGUAGAUCGUCUUCAUACGGCGUUUGUUUCGUCCGCCUUCCUGAUCCGGCCGGUUUCCGCCUCCAGUUUUGAGGACUGAACAAUGACGAGCCAUCACGAAGGCUUGGAGGUGGUCGAGUCAGGGAGAGCGCUCAAAGUACAGACUGACGCACCGCAUCUCGUCAGUCUCGGCGGAGGGCGACUGAGCACCGCAGUUACCUGGCACCCGCUUCCACAAGGUCGAGUAACCAUCGGCGCAGGCCGUGAUGUGGACAUCGCAUUACAGGGGACAGGAGUCGAACCCCUUCACUGUCACAUCGACAAUUCGAAUGGCGUUGUGACUUUACAUCCAGUGGCAGAAAUGACAGCUGUUGACGGCCUCAGGGUCAAGUCUGCAACACGCCUUACACAGGGAUGCAUGCUGUGCGUCGGCCGAUCCAAUUAUCUACGCUUUAACCACCCGGCCGAGGCGCGGCUGAUGAAGAGUAUCCUGCCCAAUACGCGGAUAUCCAUGGUUCCGCUCAUCCUGUAUCCAGGCGCCGAUGGUUCCGAAGGCUUUGCUCUGGAGCGGAAGCCGCCAGUGGCACCGCGUCGGUCCCCCAGGGACAGCUGGGGGGACCUGAGCACCAGCAGCAGCUGUGCCAGCGGGGACGACUGCUGUGUUCUAGGCAGAGUGUCGCGCUUCGAGCUGAUGGCGCACACCCAGAACGGCAGGGCCGCCCCGAACCGCCUGCAGCACUUCUCGCCCAAAGUGUUUCCGGCCGGGUGCCCCACGGCGAGUUCCCCUGCCAGCGCCGUUCUGGGUCCGGCCCGUGCGCCUUCCGUAUUGAUGCUGACCUGUCUUGCAGGAUGCAUGCUGUGCGUCGGCCGAUCCAAUUAUCUACGCUUUAACCACCCGGCCGAGGCGCGGCUGAUGAAGAGUAUCCUGCCCAAUACGCGGAUAUCCAUGGUUCCGCUCAUCCUGUAUCCAGGCGCCGAUGGUUCCGAAGGCUUUGCUCUGGAGCGGAAGCCGCCAGUGGCACCGCGUCGGUCCCCCAGGGACAGCUGGGGGGACCUGAGCACCAGCAGCAGCUGUGCCAGCGGGGACGACUGCUGUGUUCUAGGCAGAGUGUCGCGCUUCGAGCUGAUGGCGCACACCCAGAACGGCAGGGCCGCCCCGAACCGCCUGCAGCACUUCUCGCCCAAAGUGUUUCCGGCCGGGUGCCCCACGGCGAGUUCCCCUGCCAGCGCCGUUCUGGGUCCGGCCCGUGCGCCUUCCGUAACCAACGGAACUGCCUCGGGGAGCCCCACCCUCGAGAACUGCUCAUCCCCCACUUCCACCCCGAUUGUGGUGUCAGUCCGGGCUAGAAGCGCCACCCCGACCCACGCGUCGCACCUGUUCAGCAACACGCCACCGUUGGUGAACGGGGACUUUGCCAGAGGCUUGUCAGGCGUCUCUAGGAGUGUUACUUCCAGCCCCGCCUUCGACAGGAAUCGGUCCACGGGAUCCACAAGGUCCCUGUCUCCCGCCUUGGUCCGGUCCACAGACUCCUCCAGUCACGGAUCGCCCGCUGGCUACCCCUCUCGUCUCGCAACCCCUAGUCCAGCCUUCAACAGGAACCCUCUGCCUUAUUCGCCAGGAAGUGCAUUUCGAAGUGUAGGUCACAGACGGACCUUGUCGGCGGACUCCGACGUGCGCGUGAGCUUCGCGUCCAGCAACUGCAGCAGUUUGGAGGAGCUGACGGCGAGAAACGACGAGUUGGAACACAAGAGAAAGCAGGCCCAGGAAGCGCGAAUGCAGGAGGAGGAAGGAGAGAGGCUGGAGCGAGCGCGUCUCGAGGAGAUUCUGAACAUGUGCGCGGAGUACGAGCGGCAGGCGCAGUCCGAACGCCAGCAGAACAAACCCCCUCUGACCCCGACGCUGCAUCAGAACAGGAUCAAAACAAAUGGUUCUCUGCCUCGAGAUAAACGUCUGGUCUCUCCCGGUGCAACUGCAGGAGCCCCAGAAGAUGAAGUGGGAGAGAUAUUUACCUUCGAAACAAGUAGUACUAGUGUUAUUGGAUCCUUAUCCCUGAACUACUCUGCAAUGCCAGUAACAUCACCAGUGGUGAACACAAAUCAUCUUAGCAGCAGUGAGAUGGCAGUUCAGGAGAUGGGCGCAAGCCCUCUACCACCGAAUAUGAUUCGCAGUCCCUAUGAGAACGUGGUAAUACCGGCCGCCUGCGCCGUCGUGCACCCGCAAAGCCCUCGGACCAGGAUCCGCACUAUCGCGCCUUCAGCUAAAGACGCAAGUGAGGUGAUAGAAAAUCGUCUGGCUGUGAGCAGUGACUACGAGUUUGUUGGCUCGCUGCCUAGAAGCAGAACGACUCAAGAAAUGCCCGGCAGUGCUGUAUCUUCAACAGCCGUGAGUAAUAAGAGUCAAACGAAUGACAAAGGCAAAUUCAUCUUGCCACUUGAGAAGGAGAGGCCGGAAGAACAUCUGAACGAUAGGAUUGAUGCUGUGGUCAUAUCUAACAAACAGGCUGUUUCAGCCCCACGCAAAGUGAACGGCGAAGUGAGAGAUGUAGCACGAGAUCAGGAAGGGAAGAUUCAGGGUGACAAAGUUACGAGAAAGGAGGAGAGAGGACUAGACGUCGGAAUGUCGAAUGAGGCGGCGCCUGAACAGAAAUGUGGCGCGUCGCAACCAGAGAUGAAGAUUGAAGCGGACCGCCAGAAUACCAGGUUGAAGAGCUGCGGAGAUGUCGAACAGCUGAGAAGGGAGAGGGGCAAGUUGUUGGCGACGAUGUCGGGUUUGAAGAGGAAGGUUGCCGACAUCGAGCAGCAGGAGGAGGAGCUCCUUCGUGAGUUGGACAUGGAGCGAGCGCUGUUGGAGGGGGAAUGGCAAGCCCAGAGUGAGAAACUGUUGCAAGAAGAAGAAAGGUUGUCAGUGCUGAGAGAGAGGGUGGCAAGACUGGAUGAGGAAAUGGAGCGGCGUCAUGCCAGGGAACUCCGGAGGCAAGCCGAGGUUAAGCGGAGGCUUGAGGCGACGGAACGAGAAAUACACAGCUUAGAGCAGGAAGCUGCCAAGUGUGCGUCAUCUGGAAACGGCGAGAGAGACAGAGAAUUGACAGAGGCGCUGAGACAGCAGCAUGAGCUGCUUGAAGCCGAGAAGAAGGCAUUUGAGGACCUGGAAUUCAGACAGCUGGAGGAAGAGGCGGGCUGGCUCGCGGGCCGUGAGGAGUUGCAACGGGAGCUGGUAGACAUGGCAGCUAGAGUGGAAACGCGUGGCCUGCGAUUGAGAGAGCUGGAACAGCAGCGGUUAGAGAUAGCGCAGUCGGCGCAAGAGGAGAGCCGUGCCACGGAGAGGCAGCUACUCGACUGCCUGCGUAGACUGGAAGAGGGUCGGCACAGACGAAGAUCAUUGGAAAUACAGUUGGCAGAACUGACAUCAGUGCAACCAGGAACAAUUUCAGGCCAGGAUUCCAGCAGUCCCGAAGGGUCUUCAGAUGUGGAUGGGUUGCUGGUCUCCCCACAGAACCAGCAACGUGUUCCAGGUUCAGACAGGAAACAGUCUUCACAGGACGAUCUCGACCGAAUCAGUCGAGUGACGUCGGGCGCGCCGAUAGAAAUGGGCGGUGGGUCAUUGGGGCGAAGAACGCUGGAAUCACUUCAGGAAAUUGAGAGAAAUCGCCAGCGUCAUCUUGCACAGCAAGGAAGCCAAGUGAUAGAGGAUGAGCGGAAACGUGUCCAGGAGCUGAAACGGGAGGCUAAUUGCAACAGUCUUAAUAGCGUGGGCAGCGAGGAGUCGAGCCUUACGUCGAGCGAUGUGCCGACUGAGAGUGCGUCUAGUGACGAUGCCUUACUCAGUCCGACAAAUGUCGACAGUGCAGAAUGCGCAGUCGGCGGCGCCACGGACCACAAGAACGAGACGGAAACGAGCGAUGACGCCGCACGCCAGAAUAAGAUGCGAGAGAAGGAGUUGGAAUUGGAACGAGACACGGAGGAGACGAGGCCUUUGUCUGAUGGAUCGGCAUAUGAGGAGAAGCUGUCUGUACCUGUGCAGAAGAGGGACAAAUCCUCUCCACGGCCUCAGGAGGCACACCAGCGACCACUGACGCGAUACCUUCCAAUCAGAAGCGAGAGUCUGAAUCUUCGGCAGCACAUAGAGUCUGCCGGCCACCAGAUAGAGCUGUGUCCGCACGCGAGUUUAGACUCCACCUCAUGUCGAGGAUACCUGCACAAGAUGGGUUCCAAGUUUCAUCACUGGAACAGACGGUGGUUUGUGUUUGACCGAGUACGAAGAACAUUCACGUAUUAUAGUGACCGAGGCGAGAAGAAACCCCGUGGCGGAGCGUACUUCCAGUCCAUUGAAGAAGUUUAUGUGGACCAUCUGAACUCUGUAAAAUCUCCAAAUCCUCAGCUAACGUUCGUGGUGAAGACGAAUGAGAGGAUGUAUCACCUGAUGGCGCCCAGUCCGGAAGCCAUGAGAAUCUGGGUGGAUGUAAUUUUCACUGGUGCUGAAGGAUAUCAGGAGUUUGAACAUGGUUCAUAACCUGAAACUGGAACUUGCAAGUUUUGCAUUUGCAAACAAUGCGUCAAAUGGAUCCGCGGAUCUGGUAGUCUUAAGAGUUUUAUGAAUGGGGCAUAUCAGAUGAGGAUUCUGCAGUGAUUCAAAUUUAGUAGCAAAAUUAAAGUGCGGCCGGUCGAGCGUCUGUUCCGAGCGCGUGUGUGACUCGUCGUUCCGCGCAGAAUUUUCUGCUGUUUCUAAUGAUCCGGUCGUGGACAAGUGUCAUUUCGCUUUUGAACAGUAACAUGAUCUGACAGUUUUCAGAGCACAGUUGAUCAUUAAGGUGACAACUGAAAAUGAUGCUGUGCCGUAUAAACAUUUAUUUUUUAUAAGUCGCAUACCUGGUAUUGCAUUGUUUUGUGAAUUAUGUUACUACGACCGUUGAGACAGACGUAUGUUUUUUUGGAAUACGAGCAUUAAGGCGAGUAUGAGGGGGCGUCCCAGUUGUUUUUCAUAAGCUGCGUGAAUGAAUGCAGAAUUACUGAAAACAAACCAAUUACGUUUCUAGAUGCAUUUUCUCACAAGGUAAACGAAGUAGGCGUAUUCUCUGUGUUUGAUUAUUUAUUUAUAUAAGUUGCAUUUGAUGAUUUUAGUUUCAUGAGGGAUGUUUUAGUAUGAGAAAUAUGACUCGCGUGUUGCAGUUGGCAAUUUCGCAGUAACGCACGGAAUGUCAAUUCUGUUGCGACAGCUGAGAACGAGAUGCGAGGAAUAUCUGUUAUGUGUUCCCUGUGCUAUAAUGUGAACGAAGAAUGAUAAUUUUGGGCUUAGUCAGUGGGUAAGGCUGGAAGUAAUUGAUGUUGAAGAAUUAAUUCUUAAAUAUUAAUCUUUUUUUAAAAAAAGUUAUAAGAUUUAAUGUAAUGGACAUUUUUUGUCGUUUUCAUGGUUUUUAUACACUUCGCCAUUUGAGACAGUGGUAUUCUAAUUCCAGUGCAAUAUAAUACAAGGUUUCUUAUGUAUGCUUUGUGCUUUCCUAUUGUAAGGAAUGCGAAUGUAAACUGGAAGCUUAGUGGAAUGUGAUUUCUAAACCCACAUAAUUGGGGAGUAUGAGAAUAUUACUACAGUAUCUUGUCAUGUAUGUUGUUUUGCGUGUUUCAGUAAGAAAGAUUUAUGUACAUUCUUAAGGAUAUAAGAUACGUUCAUUGUAACAAAACUGGAAGUGCUCAAAUACCUUAAAUAAUAUUCUGAGUCAUCUGUUGUGUCAGAUUUCUGGGCUGACAGGUUUUGGUAAGUUGUGCUCUGUAUCUCUCGACAGCACUCUUCUCCUUUUAUUAAAUUAUAAAAACUACACAUUUUC